UUAGGGAAAUAUUCGAUCACAUAUCUUAUCUCUCAUGAAUGUAACGUCUAAUUGCACUAAAAUAUCUCCCGAACGGAAAAAUCUUACGGUGGUCGCUGUAUUAUACACAUAUGUCACUCUCAUCUGCGUAGCAGCGGAAAGGACUUGAGGCUAGCAUCUGGAACGUGUUCGUCAGGUCUACGCCUCCUACGCCUGAUUCCCCACACAGGGUACAAGGCAUUUGAAAUUGACAGCAGAUUAUAUUGUUAUCUACGCAAUCUGUAGCACGUCACAAGGCGAUAAGUGAACAGCAGAUAACAGAUACAUUCAGCAGUUGCAGAUACACUUUCUAGCAUGGCCACGACACACCGUCGCUUUAUCAUUGCCACACUGAUCUGUGCUUGUGCUGCUGUGGCACUACUAGUCACAUCAUUAGCAACCAGUUCCUGGAUUGAAGCAACUCUCUCUGACCCAGACGAUUCCUUCGAUCCGAGUGCCAUUAACUAUGGGCUGUUCGUCGGCCAUGUAGAGGGUUACAGAUUUGUCGGAGUGGAUUUGGAGCUCUCUAUGUCAUGCCUCUUUUCGGAGAACGUGUGCCUCAUGUCCUGCCAGACAGAGGAUGAAGCACGCCAGCAGGAGCUGGAGAACCUGCUACACGGGAUGGGGAACUCUGUGUGCCCAAAUAUUGCGGGGGCCACCAACAGCACGAACUUCGACAGAAGGUUCAUCAACGCAGGACUCUGGGUCAGCUGUGUGCUGUUCCUGACAGUGGCACUUCUUGCUGGAGUGUUGGCAGCAGUGUUUGCCGUGGUUAACACUACUACUAACCCCGUCGAACCAAUAGCGGGAGUGUUUGGUCUGUAUGUGUGGAAUGGCAUUGCAGGAGGCUGCUCACUGCUGGUAAUGAUCCUGUGGGGCUCACAGUUUGCGGACACACUGUCGGACAAUGUAGCCUACUCAGAGACCAUCACAGGCAUCUUCCGCUCACAGGGUGAUGCGGCUCUUGGCGUGUCUUAUUGGCUACUUCUCAUCGUGAUAUUUCUUCACAUCAUCAACCUGUCUUUACUUGGGGCCCGCAAAUAUCUGCUGGCUCGUGAGCCACCAGCACCCACCAUCAAGAUGGAGGAGAACACAGAUGGAAUCAUCUUUCUAUACUAACAAUGUGCACACUGCUUCCAAAGUAUUCCAUGGAUUCCUAAUUACUUCUGCCUUUUACAUUUUACAAAUUAUAGGUAAAUUACAUGACAGAUGGUGACCUGAAAAUAGAUACAGAUACGUAUCUCACUGCUUUGACGUUCUCCAUAGAUUUGUUGGUAGAGCAACUUACCGGCACUCUUUAAAUUGGCAUUCACUGACCGCUUCUUUACUUACAAUUUGUAUCACAUCUGUGAAGGCAAACUGGCGUUUUCAUGCACACCACAACUAACGCAACACUAAAAGCUAUUUCCAUGACAGAGGGCUUGUAUUCACUCUGUCAAUGGCAGCAGAGCUCGUAGUUUACCCGAGUAUGAAUUUUUAACAGACUGCUCUGUAAAUUUAGGAAAGCAGUGUCCAUUGCAGUACUGAUCUGUUACUUUAUGGUAGCUGUUUGAUGCUGCCGACAGAACUGUAAACGUCUGUUUUGGAGUAAAAUCUAUUCCUAGAACACAUGCAUGUCCUGGAAGAAAAAUUAUUCUUUAUUUACAUUCUGGAUUUAAGGACUUAUUAUGUAAUAAAAGAAUCUUAACAAAACAUAAUGAUACUAUGGCUGUAAGAUUAAUUCCACAGGGAAGGUUAUGCUACUCUAUAAAUAAAUGAACUGUACAUCUGUGUUUGGUCCGAUGAAUCUAUCAAUGGCUUGUCUGUGCCAAUCUCAAACGGACAGAGAGCAAAGACUGUGCAUGCCGAUGGUGAAAAUGUGUUUGUUGUAGUGGCACAUCUACACUUUAAAACUCACUGAACUACAGGCAAUGAAGUAUGAACAGUAUAAAAAGUGGUUAAAAAGUAGAUUUCGAGUGCUGUCAAGGAAAGC